GUCCAGCGCCGCGCAGCUGCGCAUUGAGACGCUCCUCUGGGUUGUGCGCAGCUGCUGCGCUCUGAUUGGCGCAGAGAGGCGUGUUCCCCGCAGGAAUGCGGCGCUCAGGUGGAGGGAGAGUCACCGACUCAGAGCUCUGCGCUCCACAGCUCGCAGGACGCUCCGCGCUGCGCACUGCUGCUCUUCUUUGCGCUCUUUGAGCGGACAGAUCUGCCGCAACCUGCUGCUGAUUUGACUUGGAAACUGAGUUUCAGUUUAUUUCUCAUUCGGACUGAUUUUCUCGUGACCAACAGCAGGAAAACUUAAAAAGUCAGUUCUUGCACCAGGACUGUCCUCAAGAAGAUGCGUUCAUGUUUUCCGCGCUCAGUUUUCCCCAGAAGGACCGAAGGGAUGUGAGGCGCUUUGGGAGCCGAGAGCGCAGCUGCUUGGAUGGAUCUUCCCUCCAGCUGAAGGAGAAUCAGCAGAAAUAAUAGAAACUAUUCCCUACCGCGUGUUUCUAAAGGCGGACCGGACCGGAGCAGAACCGGAGCAGAACCGGAGCAGGACCGGAGCAGGACCGGAGCAGAACCGGAGCAGGACCGGAGCAGGACGCGCACAGCCAGCAGAGCGGACAUGGGUUCUGUGUUUGGGUCUGGACUCCCUGCAGCGGGGCCGCGCCGCGCGUCACAGCCGCGUCGUUUCACAUCAUGAUGCUCCACCAGAACCGAACCCAUCCAUUCUAACCCAGACGGAUCCAGCAUGACCCCAGCGCGGACCAGGAGGCUGACUCUGAACCGGGUCGUGACCUUUGUUUUGCUGCUGCUCUCUCCCGGCUCCCUCGCCUCCCUGCAGAGUGCCUCUUGGAGUUCGGAGUGGGGUCCAUCCAGUGGCGCCUCAUCGGGGCGUCCGGCGCGCGCCCGACGGCAGCUGCACUUCAGGAACGAGUGGGCGGCGUGGAGCGGCUGGUCUGUUUGCUCCCGCAGCUGUGGGGGCGGAGCCUCGGUGCGAACUCGCACCUGCAUCACCAGGAACCCGCUGGGCGGACCGUGUGCUGGAGAUCCCAGACAGUACAAGAUCUGCAACACCAAGAGGUGUCCUCCUGGCUCAGAGGACUUCAGAGACAUGCAGUGUGCUGCGUUCAAUGACCGGCCGUUGGUGUCCGGAAACUCCUUCAGAUGGACAACGUUUCACGGAGGCUCCAGCCCCUGUGAGCUCAGCUGCCUGGCACUGGGACACAACUUCUACUACAACUUUGGUCUGGUUCUGGACGGUACGGCCUGCGACCCGGAGGCCGGAGCUGUGUGUGUCAACGGACGCUGUCUGAAGCCCGGCUGCGACUCCAUCUUGGGUUCGACGCAGCAGGAAGAUGCCUGCAUGGUGUGUGGAGGGCACAACACCACCUGUCUGCUCCACAAGAGUGUGUACCAGAGCAGCAGGCUGGAGGCAGGCGGGCCGUUUGGAUACAACGAAGUGACGAUGAUCCCGGCUGGAGCCACUCACAUCCGAGUCACCGACAACAGCAGGAAUUAUCUGGCGCUGCAGAACGGUCGAUCCCAGUUUGUGAUCAACGGAAACUGGAAGAUCAGCGUUCCCGGUGAGUACAGCGUAGCUGGGACCAAGCUGCUGUACCGGCGCUCUGCAGACACCUGGGAGAGCUUCGAGGUGCCAGGACCGACCCAGGAAGACCUGCAUCUGAUGGUUCUGGCGACAGACAGAAACCCAGGAAUCGAGUACGAGUACUGGCUUCCACCGGACCAGUACGCCCUGCACCACGGCAGGAGGAGCCCCCUGCGACAGGCUCACCACACAGCCAGCUACUUCCCCAGAGGUCAACCCACCACGCCAACCACCACCUCCAGGGCACCGCCCAACACCGCCCGGAAACCCCACUGGUUUUUAAAUGACCUGAAUCCUCAGCGUCUCCCGGCUCCCGGUCACCACCUGCAGCAUCCUCAGCAGCCAAUCAGCCGCCUGGAGCGCGAGGAGAGUCACAGAAACCUCCUUCCUCAGGCUCCACCCGGAAAGAAUUGUGGAAAAUGUCAGAGAGUUAAAGGACGAAGGGAACGCCAGAGACAGUACUGCAAAAAGGACUUUGUGUUUCGUGGCAGAGUUCUGGGGAAGGUGUACCGGGGCGAGGAGACGCGCUACGACGUCCAGAUCAUCCACACGUACCGGAACCGCUUCCGGCUGGAGCACCGCGAAUUCCUGUGGGUCCCGAACCUGUGCGACUGCCCCGACCUGCAGCCGGGGAAGCAGUACGUCCUGAUGGUGCGACGCCACAUCAACUACGAGCGCACGCUGAACCGCAUCCUGCUGGAGGAGGACAGCUACGUGGUUCCGUACCGGCCCAGAGAGGACGAGCUGCUGCGGCCGCUCCAGAGGCUCUGCAGCAACAGAGGCACGAAAAGUCCUGCAGAGAUAGAGAGGCGGUGAGCGGCAGGCGCAGACUGAUGUGUCAUAUUGCUGGUUUCAUGUGUGAACUUUAAAACUGGAGACCUGAUGAGCUGAGCGGCAUCACUGGAGGAGCAAACGGGAACUUUUCAGGUUUUAGUCUGAAAUCUGCAGGGCCAGUCCAAAGCAAUGCGAGUUGAGGUGCAGGAGCUGCAGGAGCACCAA